UUUGAUUACAGUUACAGUAUUGUUUUUUUUAUUUCCUUCUUCUGCACGUCUCCCUUGCAUAUUUGCAUGAAGCUCUUUUGUUUGAAAUGAAAGGUGUUGUGUGUCUUUGUCGCUGCGUGUCGCUGCUGGACGCAGUGCGCUUUUUUGCCAGCUUUGCUUUGGUUCAGUCAUGUGAUGGUUUCUGUGUUUCCAGCGAACAGAGAAACUACCCGCUUCUCAGACGAAAAACUCACCCAGAGAAGAGACUGAAGCUGUCAUGGGGUGCUGUUUCAGCACCGGGAGCAACCAGGACGACUCCAAGAAGCCAUUGAUUCCUGACCCAAACUUAGACAGAAAACCCACCAAUGGCUCGGAUCGAAACGCAGACAGUCUGCUGUCCAGCCGCACAGAUGAACAAGACCUGCAUGCAGCCAUCGUGCAGCGGACAGCCCUGAACAUAAUUGACGUGUCAGCUGUUAUUUCUCAAGGCCUGGAACAACAUGAAUACAUGGACAGAGCCAGACAGUACAGCACCAAGGUAGGGGUGUUGAACAGAACGUGGUCUCAGAAGAAACCCGUUCCUCUUCCGUCACUGAGCAGCCAACCACACCAAGUGCUCGCCGCUGACCUGGUCACAAAUGCAGAUGUACAGCAGGUGUCUAAGAUCGCUGCGUACGCCUACAGCGCCAUCUCACAAAUCAAAGUAGAUGCCAAGGAAGAGCUAGUGGUGCAGUUUGCUAUACCAUGAUCAUUUAUUUUUAUUUUUUUCUGAGAAAGAUAUUUCAUCAGCUGAACAACCACUGU